CAACAUUCAAGGCGGACUGCCGGGGUGACUCGAACGGCGUCGUCGUCCACGUGCAGCAUCGGGGCAAAUGGCGUGCCGGACGCUGGUCUAGACCAACAAAUGACACAGGCAGCGGCUAUGGAUAUCGUGGCGAAGCUUCAAAGCAAGAGCUCUAAAACCACAGCUCUCGCUACCUCCAAGUCUUUUCGAAGCUCGGUAGAUGCGGGCGCAGCAGCACCACAGGUUCCUUACAUACUGUGAUUUAGCUUGCUAGCAUGUUGCUGUGUAGGAUUUCAAAUUUUCUGAGAGAUGGAGGAUAUCUUAUAGGCUUCUGCAAUAUCACCGGUUCGUAAAGAUCUUUGCGCCUUCUCAUCCAAUUCUCGCACACACUCACAUCUCUCUGACAUGCAUCAGGCUGUCCCGUUCAAACCGGCACCACGAGGUGGUCAGAAGCAGGUCAAGUCAAAACCCGGAUCCUCGAUGCAGUCUCCUCUUCUCGGCACGCGGAAGCACAGUAAAUCGCAAAAUUCAUCGUCGUCUUUGUCCUCGCCCAUCGACCUACCAGGAGGCGGGAGCAAUGUGUUAA